UUACUGCCCAUCUACUGCUCCACACUCCAGUCCAUUAGGUGGCGGUAAUGCGCCUAUAAGCUGGUUUGCCAACCGCCAUUAAAACUCAAGAAGAAAAAAUCAGUUUCAUAACAAAACGUCACAUCCUCUGACCGCUGCUAAAGGUGGUCAGCUUGCGGACUUUGCAUCAAUGUUGCGCCUGAUUGCAACAUCCCUGUGCCUCCGGUGCCAGCGUGUCACAGCUCUACCUUUAAACUACAGACCAUGUGUGACACUGAGCUCAGCAGAGAACCAGCAGACCGUGGAGGCUCUCUAUGAUCUCUCUGUGGAUAUCCAGAAGGUCCGAAAACUUAAGGGCUGGGUCCUACAUCAGAGCCCAGCCUACACUAAGGAGGUAGCGGGUUUGCUUAAGGACAUGGGGGCCUCGGGGUCCAUCAUCGCCCGGAUCUUAGCGGUUCACCCUGAGGCGGUACUCUGUGACCCGGAUCAGAUGCAGGCUCAGAGGGAGCUGUGGGUAUCCGUGUGCCCGAACCAGAAAGAGCUGGUUGGUAUCAUUGAGAAAUUCCCGGCCUCCUUCUUCACCUCCUCCAGCCACCAUGACAACCAGCGGGACAACAUUGCUUUCUUCCAGAGCUUAAACCUCAACAAGCGAAUCAUCACCAAGCUCAUGGCCAGCGCUCCGCAGAGCUUCAGCCGGCCAGUGGAGCAGAACGAGGUUAUGGUCCGCACCCUCCAGCAGGCCUACCAGGAGCUUGGUGGAGAGGAGGCCAACAUGAAGAUCUGGCUUCAGAAGCUGCUGAGCCAGAAUCCGUUUGUUCUCCUUAAACCCCCCGAGGUGCUGAGGCAGAACCUGCUGUUCCUGAGAGACAGGGGCUUCAGCACGGCGGAGCUCCUCCGCCUCCUCUCCAAGCUCAGGGGCUUUGUCACAGAGCUCAACCCGGACAGCAUGCGUCGCACCCUGGCAUACUCUCACGACACCAUGGGCUGCUCCGAGGCAGAGCUGCGGGACAUCAUCAUCAACUGCCCAGCUCUACUUUACUACCAUGAAGCUAUUCUGGCAGAGCGCUUUCAGGGCCUCCUCUCUGCGGGGAUCAGCAUGUCUCAAAUCAUAGAGACUCCGACCGUUCUGGAGCUGACAACGCAGAUAGUGAAUUAUCGCUUGCAGAGACUGAGGGCACACGGUUAUGAUGUAAGGACAGGUAGUCUGGAGGUCCUCAAUGGCACUAAGAAGGACUUUGAGAUGAGCUAUGGAAAACUACAACUACGAAGAGAGAGACCUCUUUUUAACCCCGUCGCCCCUUUAAAAGGAGAUGACUGAUGUGUGAACAAAUGCAAGUGAAUUACAACUGUAACUUGUGCUCAAUUCUAUUUAUUCUAUGUCAUUAUCAGAUAUGAGUGCCAUAAGUUUGAGGUUGGCUUCACUUCAAGCUGUUAACUCUGACUCCUGUAGUUCAGUUUGUUUGGACAAAUUACAAUGACGACAUUUACACUGAAUCUUGACAGUGAAAAUGGGUGAAAUUGCAGGAAACAAUCUGAAAACACAAGAUUAAAUGGGUUGAAAAACUGA